CUGACCGUAUGACGUAUCUCACGUAUCUGGCGUUAUGUUUAACUCCUUUAACUCCAAAGUUUCCAAAAUAGAUAGUCUUUCCGAAAAAAGAAAAUAGUGAAAUGAGAAAAUAAAGGUCUGAGAAAACUAAAACUUGUAUCAACUGCAAAAUCCCAAAAAGUGAAGUUUCCUUUGUUGAAUCAAGUGAAAUUUAAAGGGAGCAUCGUCUAGUCAUUUCGAGGUUAGCUUCAUCUUUUCGGAGUCUUUUUCCUCCAAGGAUAUUGUGACACGAAAAAUGAAGAAAAAACAGCGUUUUAAGUCUUAAGUAGAGUCUCCUGAAAUCCAGUUUUGAAAAUUAAUGAGGCUUUUGUGCAAAAACGACCAGAAGUAGAUUGUGAAAUUUGAGGUUUAGGUUGUUUGACAUUAGUUCGUAAAAAGAACGAAUUUUGACAGAAACCGGUCUGUUUUCACAUAGUCCCCAUGGUUUUUUUUUAUUUUCCAAGCUGUUGGCGAAUAAAACAUCUGGAGGAUUCAAGCAGACCGACGCAGGAUUAAUAUUGACUACUGUGUUCGUUGGUAAACAUUUACAGGGCUGAUCGAGAUUACGAUAUAGGUCCAGCCACCGAUAUUCUUGUGAAUGAUUUUGAUGACGAGCGAACACUAGACGAGGAAGAAGCCUUGGAAGGCCACGAAGACUCUCACAACGAGUUGUCAAAUUUACAAAAGGAAGGUGACAUGCCAUUAAAAGACUUGCUUGCAAUGUACGGCUUGCGAGAUUCCUCAGUAGAAAAUUCAAACAGUUCUGACCGGAUGGUCCUCCUCCCAACGGGGGAUGCAGAAUUGAAGGAUAAAAUGGAUGAAGACGAGGAAGAAGACGAAGAAGAAGAGGAGGAGGAGGAAGAAGAAGACGAUGACGAUGAACCCUCGAACAACGAACCAGAUCUAAAACAAUUCUAUACAGAAAUGGUGAAAAAAGAAGAGAUGAAAGAAAUCAACGCAGCUCGAGUGGUGAGUGGUGGAAAUAAUAACAGAGGAACUGAAAAUUCGUGUGUGAUUGGCGCUGGUUGUGGCAGCGAGUCGAACAUCACAGGAGGAGGAAAUACGAGAAAUGAUAAUAAUGGCGUUUCUGGAGGCAGUGGAAGUGGUGGAAACGAGGCAGGCAAUGGAGCAGAAGGCAAUGAUGGAAUGGAGACUGGGGGUGGAAAUAGUGGAGGUGGCGGAGGUGGAAGUAAUGGAGGCAGUGGAGGAAGUGGUUGUGGAUCUUCGAGACUGCUUCGAAGUGUGUCGAGACCUCAGAGUGAAGAAGAGGAAGACGAUUGUGAUUACAGCCCUGACGAGGAAGAAUGGAAGAAAACUAUUAUGGUCGGGAGUGAUUACCAGGCGGCGAUACCAGAAGGUCUUUGUAAAUACGAUGAUGCUCUGCCCUACGAAAACGAGGAUAAAAUGCUCUGGAAUCCUAGCCACAUCGCUGAAUUAGAAACGGAAGAAUUCUUGGAACGAGCCCAAUUACCUGCUGUUAAGGGAAGCACCUUACCAGCAGGUUCACAUAUAAGGGACGACGAGCAAGCUCUUUAUUUGUUAUUGCAAUGUGGAUACAAUUUGGAAGAAGCUCUCCGAAGACGCAGAAUGAACGUUUUACCCCAGACCGAUUCCGUCAGUCUUUGGUCAGAGGAAGAAUGCCAUAACUUUGAAUCUGGAUUGAGAAAUUACGGCAAAGACUUUCAUCUCAUCCAAAAGAAUAAGGUGAGGACAAGAUCGGUUGGUGAACUCGUGCAGUUUUAUUACUUGUGGAAAAAGACUGAAAGGCAUGAUAUUUUUACCUACAAGGCUCGCUUGGAAAAGAAGAAGUACGCUCUUCAUCCUGGCAUCACCAGGGACUAUAUGGACAGAUUCUUGGAAGAACAGGAAGGAGUUCGAGACCGUAGCAGUUCGCCAAACGUAAAUAGCAGUUUAUUAUACGGAGAUGCGAAGCGACAAAGAACAAAUGCAAAUAUGACGAAUAACGAGGAUUCGAAAUCUCUAGACCUUUGGGACGGUGCACCAGCUCCAGGAUCAACUCCAGGAAUCGGGGCUGCAAAUCCAAGCGGCGUCGAUCCCUUGGCGAUCGAUUUUAAUAGUUCAGCACCUGCACCAUUGCAGCCACCUCAGCAUUCAGCAACGCCGGUUACGACUUUGCAAAAUUCGAAUGCAACAUCUGCAACCUUCAAUUCUACCCGAGGUCACAUGGAAUAUGGGUUAGCGUCGAAGGGAAACGCAGAAGGUGGCGGCACCUGGUCUCCUUCGUCCUCGUCACCACCUUCUCAGCGAAAUGCGCAUCAGCCGAACAAUAAUCACCUCCUAACCUCCUCGAGCAACGUCUCCACCGGGAAUGAAACGGCACGAUCACCUGAAAAUAUUUUACCCCAUUUACCACCUUAGCGUCGCUCCUCGCUUUCGAUUUCCUCCCUGAAGGACGCGUUGAACGCGCCGCCAAACGUUCAUCGCUUCUCAAAGCACUAGCAUCACUAAAAUCGUAAUACGCAUUCGUUAAGCACCCACGAAUUAUAUUUUUCUACUCUACAGUAAUUAUUAUUAUCGAUUAUUAUCGAUCGUUCGAAUGCGGGUGACAUGGAAGCGCGUUAAGAGUCUCGACUCUGCGAUUACUUCACUGAGAAAAAAAUAUCGUUGGAUUUACAGUCGGGGAUAUUUUUUUACUAGUGUUUUUUUAGGCAGAUGAAUUCGAGAUCCUAGUUCUUGUACAGACUGAUUUCUACGAGGAGUGUCCUCUUGUAUUUUUAAAGAUGAUGGCAUUCUGCGUUCUGUAUUGAUUAAUGAGUAUUCUUUAUGCUUUCGUGAAUCAGUAACGCUUCUGAGGUGAAUGCUUUACAAUCGUGUAUAUUUCUGCUUUUCUUUUUGUUCCUAUUUUGUAAUUUAAGAGAAUUUUGGACGAUAAGAAGUGUAAAAAAUUGUAAAUGACGAAGUAUAGUGUUCUAUUCUGAAACAUUUUAACGAUCGUUCAAACGAUUUUGAUCACAUCGAGUGAUAAGAAAAAUGAAAUAUUAUUGUCUUUAUGCACGACUUAUCGAUUAGUCGAUACCCUUUACGACGAUAUGUACCUAGAACGAUCAGAUUAAAUGAAUAUUGUAAUAUUA